AUGGCCACCAUGUAUUCUAACGCAUACAUGUUAGUAUAUGAACAAAAUAAUAUCCUGAUACGAUAUGGACAUCUAAUACAGGGAUACUAUAGCUACAUCGAUGACCUGUUGAUUGUAUGGAACGGCACCAUACCCGAAGCAUAUACCAUGGUAGAGGAAAUCAACAAGCUCCCAACACCAAUUAGGAUGACGGUAAACAUCAACAGUGAGAAAGUACAAUACUUGGACGUGGAACUGUCCAUUGGUACGAAUAGAAUAGAGUACAGUCUGUAUACUAAAGCGACUGAUCGGAAUACGUUGUUACAUGCACAGAGUGCUCAACCUAUAGCACUGAAGAGAUAUCUUCCAAAAGCCCAAUAUCUUAGGGUUAUUAGAAACAACUCCAAAGAAGAUGUGAAAGAGAGACACCUGCUGGAGAUGAUAGGAAGGUUUCUGGAACGUGGGUACCAGCACUCUACCCUUGAUAAGGCUCUUGAGGAAGCGAGAACUCCUUGA